AUGGAUGCAGAUCUUCAAGCUCCACCUUCACCAGUCUGUUUAACCGAAGGCCAUACGACCGAGCAGGAAUCCGUCGUAUGGGUAAGGGUUCACGACCGCCAUCUUCAAGACAUCACGAUCGCGCGUGAUGACGGCAAGAAGCUCUUUUCCGUCGAAGGCCCGGGGGGCUACAGUUCGAUGACGCUGAGACGACCUUUGAAGGAUGUCUCGGGCCGGCCAGUCUUUGACCUACGGCGUAAGAUGGGGUGGUUUGUAGAAGACGCCAGUGGUAACAAGAUCGCCGAGUUUUGCCAUAAGAAGUUCUUCACCUCGCAACACACGGCCAUUGACGGGAAAAUCUUGAGCUCCGGCGCGCUAGUCGAGAUGCGACCGCGCGAUGCAAUGGGGAUGACGAACUAUGUUAACAUUGGCAAUGUGACGAUUGCGGAGAUCUCGGUCCAUUCGAACAAUAUCAAGAAGCGUUUUGUGCGGAAUCGGGAUAUCUCGGUCUUUCGGGUUCGGGUGGCUCAAGGGGUAGACCUCAGCUUGGUCGUCUUGAUGGCAAUGAUUCGAGCGGAGAUGGCGCAUGUUUGGCAGAAAUAG